CGGAACCGGCAGUCGCGGCGCAGACCGACUCCCGGAGCGCGGAGCAGCGGAUGGACCUGCAGGGCUCCGGGGGGUCCGCGCUCCGGCCGUGCGCCCCCCCUCCGCGCCCCUGCGCCCGGACCCUGCGCCCCCGGCGCCCCCCGCGCCCCUGCUAUGUGCCCCUUGCGCCCCCGCACCACGCUGCUCACGCUUUUGGCCGCGCUGCUGAUCGCGCACCGCGCAGCCCUGGGCGAGGCUCCGUACUUGGUGCGCGUGGACGCGGCCCGUGUGGUGCGUCCCCUGCGGCCCUUCUGGAGGAGCACCGGCUUCUGUCCCCCACUGCCACACAGCCGGGCUGACCAGUAUGACCUUAGCUGGGACCAGAAGCUCAACCUGGCCUAUGUGGGCGCCAUCCCUCAUGGUGGCAUCGAGCAGGUGCGGACCCACUGGCUGCUGGACCUCAUCACGGCCAGGGGGUCGGCUGGAGAGGGCCUGAGCUACAACUUCACCCACCUGGACAGGUACCUGGACCUUCUCAGGGAGAACCAGCUCCUCCCCGGCUUUGAGCUGAUGGGCAGCCCGUCUGGACACUUUACCGACUUCGAGGACAAGCAGCAGGUUUUUGAGUGGAAGGACCUGGUCUCCCUCCUGGCCAGAAGAUACAUCGGUAGGUACGGACUUGCCCAUGUCUCCAAGUGGAACUUCGAGACGUGGAACGAGCCAGACCACCACGACUUUGACAACGUGUCCAUGACCAUGCAAGGCUUCUUGAACUACUACGAUGCCUGUUCCGAGGGCCUGCGAGUGGCCAGCCCAGCUCUGCGCCUGGGCGGCCCUGGCGACUCCUUCCACCCACCGCCGGCCUCCCCGUUGUGCUGGGCCCUCCUGGAGCACUGUCACCAUGGCUCCAACUUCUUCACUGGGGAGCUUGGUGUGCGGCUGGACUACAUUGCCCUGCACAAGAAGGGCGCAGGCAGCUCCAUCUACAUCCUGGAGCAGGAGAAGGCCACCGUGCGGCAGAUACAGCAGCUCUUCCCCAGGUUUGCCGACACCCCCAUUUACAAUGAUGAGGCAGACCCGCUCGUGGGCUGGUCCCUGCCGCAGCCGUGGAGGACCGACGUGACCUACGCAGCCAUGGUGGUGAAGGUCAUCGCGCAGCACCAGAACCUGCUGGUAGCCAACGACAGCUCCUCCAUCCGAUACGCGCUCCUGAGCAAUGACAACGCCUUCCUGAGCUACCACCCGCACCCCUUCUCGCAGCGCACGCUCACAGCGCGCUUUCAGGUCAACAACACCCGCCCACCCCACGUGCAGCUGCUGCGCAAGCCGGUGCUCACUGCCAUGGGGCUGCUGGCCCUGCUGGACCGUGAGCAGCUCUGGGCCGAGGUGUCGCAGGCGGGGGCGGUGCUGGACAGCAACCACACAGUGGGUGUCCUGGCAAGCGCGCACCGCCCUGCUGGCCCCGUGGACGCCUGGCGCGCCACGGUGCUGGUCUACGCGAGUGACGACACGCACGCCCAUGCCAACCGCAGCAUCGCCGUGACCCUGCGCCUGCACGGGGUGCCCCCGGGCCCGGGACUCGUCUACGUCACGCUCUACCUGGACAACCGGGUCUGCAGCCCACACAGCGAGUGGCAGCGCCUUGGCCGGCCAGUCUUUCCCUCCGCAGAGCAGUUCCGGCGCAUGCGCGCGGCCGAGGACCCGGUAGCCUCAGCGCCACGCCCCUUCCCUGCCGGCGGCCGCCUGACACUGCGCCCACAGCUCCCGCUGCCUUCGCUGUUGCUGGUGCACCUGUGCGCGCGCCCUGAGAAGCCGCCAGGCCAGGUGACCCAGCUCCGUGCUCUGCCCCUGACCCGCGGGCAGCUGCUUUUGGUCUGGUCGGAUGAGCACGUGGGCUCCAAGUGUCUGUGGACCUAUGAGAUCCAGUUCUCCCCAGAGGACAAGGGGUACACUCCCAUCAGCAGGAAGCCAUCAACUUUCAACCUUUUUGUGUUCAGCCCAGACACAGUUGUCGUCUCUGGCUUCUACCGGGUUCGAGCUGUGGACUACUGGGCCCGGCCAGGCCCCUUCUCAGACCCUGUGCAGUACCUAGAGGUCCUUGCCACGUGAGGGCCACCACUGCCCAGUGACUGAGCCUGUGCUGACCAGCGGACCCAGCGGCCAGGAGCGGAGGCAGGCUGGACCACCACGGGCCCAUCAGCUCGUCUUCAGCUCUGUUUGUCCCCUCCUAUCCACUCACACACCCCCUUAAAGUGCCUUUCCAUAUGUUGGUCUUGGGGUUGGCCUUUGUGGAUGGGCACCGGACAGAUGUGCCCGGCUGGAGCAAGGCCUUCUCCACCUCCUUCCCGUUCAGAGCGCUCUCCCCGACCUGUGGGGCUGGGGUGGAAGUGGGUUGAGCACAGUCAGGCCUGAGCUCCUCAGGGAGGAGCAGGUCUGGCGUCUCUGGCGUCACUGCUGGGUGCUGCAGACCCUGUUCCCAGCCCUGCCUCUCUACCUGUUCUGCGGAGCUGAGGCUGCGCCGGGGGUGCACCUGGGUCAGGAUGGAGCCCAGGGAGGACCCACUACCUGAGAUUGGGGGAAGGUGGAGGGUGGAAGGUAGAGGGGAAGGUGGGGCUUCCAGGCUGCUUGGCCCAGACUGGGCAGCGGCAGAAAAGGCCCACAGUGUCCACUGCGGGCUAUGCCCCCGCUGUCAUUCUCCUUCCAUAUCUGGCCCCAGAAGGAAACAGCUGGUGUGCUCAGAGGAGGACAGUUUGGGGAUGUGUGUAGAUAUGCGGGCAGGGCAGGAAAGCCACAAGGGGGGCGCAGCAGCCUGGGGCUCCCCCCGCCCCAGAGCAGACGGAGCAGGUGAAGGACAAAGGUGAGGAGACGCCACCUGCUGAGGAGUAGAGACCUUGGGCCCAGGGACACAGCCAGCUGGGGGGCCGUGCGAGCAGGAGUGGGGGCAAGGAGGCCCCCAUCCCACUCUCCUCCUUCCACUGCCCUCCGGGGUUGCCCUGGGCUCAGGGUGAGUGUGGGAUGUGGACCUGGACGGGCAGAUGGAAAACAAGGCCUAGUCGACCCUCUGGCUCCUGUGCACCUGCCGGCUCCAUCUGUGUGGAAAGCUCAGGAGCCUCCAAGACCCACCAGCUGCCUCAUCCUGAGUGGGAGGUGUCCAUUUGUCACACUCCUAUCUGAACCCCAAAGCCAGCACCUGUUCCCCAGCCUCUUUCCCCACGUGGGGCCUCAGGGCUCCAUGCCUCCGUCUUUCUGGGGGCCCCAGUCCUUGUGUGUCUGGGGACCGUUGUUCACUGACGUCACUGCACAGAGGGGCAGUGGGGGUAGCUGGGAGGCCCCCUGGGUUCCGGGUGCUGUCUUCUGCCCCACCAUGAAGCCCUGGCCUGGUCGGCUCAGCUCCUGUAAAUAAAGACCACAGCCCAGGCGGCGCCAACCACA